CACCCGAGUCCACUUCUACUAGCGCACAUACACACACAGGCGCAGCUACGUGUGCCAUCUUGCUUUUUCAUCGGAAAAUUUUCCAGAAAUUACGCUCGAAAAUUACGAAAAAAUCGCAACCAAAUGGAGUGGAAAUUUUUUUAAAAUUUAAGUUUCGUGCGAAUACGUGAAAUAAAGUCGAGUUGAGUCAAAAAUUCGCCGCCAAACGAUCGCUGGAGAAUUUUUUCAAUCAAGCCAAAUGGGUGCGAAGCUGACGACGUAAAAAUUUUUGUGUGUACCAACGAAAGAGAGGAGAAAACGGACGAGGCGAGAGCGCAAAGCGGAGAGACCGAGGAAACACUCGCGCAAGAAGAAGCAGCAGCAGCAACGACGAGAGUUUUCUCUCUGUGAGUCUGUGUUGCGUGCGUGUGCGCGCGCGCGUGUAUUGGGUGGAAAAUGAUGGAAAACUACGAGGAAAUUCGCCUGGGCCACAUUAAGGCCAAGGAUCUGGGCGACCAGGUGCCAGAGGCUCCGCAAUUCUAUCCGCCAGCCAAGUUUGAUUUUGGCGCCGAAAUUCUGGCCACAACGUCGACCGAGGCAGAAUCGCCGACCGAGGCAGCAGCAGCAACCAGCGAAGUGGCUGGCAAAGCAAAUGGUGAAAUCAAAACAAAAACAUUGGCUGCCAGGGAAGAACAAGAAAAUGGCGCCAAUUUGGAGCAAGAAACCAAAAAUACCAAUAAGCCAAUAAUACCGAGUGUAAACGAAGAGGAGGACGAGGAGGAAGAAGAGGAGGACGACGACGAGGAGGAGGACGAUGAGGAGGAGGGGGUGACCGGAACGAGCAACGAGGACGAGGACUCCAGCUCCGAUUGCUCCUCCUCCGUGGGUCCCGACUGGAAGAUGCGCUGGCUGCAGAGGGAGUUCUACACGGGCCGUGUGCCCCGCCAGGUGAUUGCCAGCAUCAUGCCGCAUUUCGCCACCGGUCUGGCGGCUGACACCGAUGACUCGGUGCUGUGGGACUACCUGGCCCACCUGUUGAACGAGCCCAAGCGGCGCAACAAGCUGGCCUCGGUGAACACCUUCGACGAUGUCAUCAGCUUGGUCAAGAAAUCCCAGAAGAUCAUCGUGCUAACGGGAGCCGGGGUAUCCGUUUCCUGCGGGAUACCAGACUUCCGCUCCACCAACGGCAUAUACGCGCGACUGGCCCACGAUUUUCCCGAUCUGCCCGAUCCCCAGGCCAUGUUCGAUAUCAACUACUUCAAGCGGGACCCUCGGCCGUUCUACAAGUUCGCCCGCGAGAUCUAUCCCGGUGAGUUCCAGCCCUCGCCCUGCCAUCGGUUCAUCAAGAUGCUGGAGACCAAGGGCAAGCUGUUGCGCAACUACACCCAGAACAUCGACACUUUGGAGCGGGUGGCGGGCAUCCAGCGGGUGAUCGAGUGCCAUGGCUCCUUCUCAACGGCCUCGUGCACCAAGUGCCGGUUCAAGUGCAACGCCGACGCUCUGCGGGCGGACAUCUUUGCCCAGCGGAUUCCGGUGUGCCCGCAGUGCCAGCCCAACAAGGAGCAGAGCGUGGACGCCUCGGUGGCCGUCACCGAGGAGGAACUGCGCCAGCUGGUCGAGAACGGCAUCAUGAAGCCGGACAUUGUCUUCUUCGGCGAGGGUCUGCCGGAUGAGUACCACACAGUCAUGGCCACAGACAAGGACGUCUGCGAUCUUCUGAUCGUGAUCGGCUCCUCGCUGAAGGUGCGACCCGUCGCCCACAUUCCCAGCAGCAUCCCGGCCACCGUGCCGCAGAUCCUCAUCAAUCGCGAGCAGUUGCAUCACCUGAAGUUCGACGUGGAGCUGCUGGGCGACUCCGACGUGAUUAUCAAUCAGAUUUGCCACCGGCUGUCGGGCAACGACGACUGCUGGCGGCAACUGUGCUGCGAUGAGUCGGUGCUGAGCGAGAGCAAGGAGCUAAUGCCUCCGGAGCACUAUCAUCAUCAUAAUCACCAUCACCACCUUCAUCACCACCAUCACCGCCACUGCAGUUCGGAGAGCGAGCGGCAGUCGCAGCUGGACACGGAUACGCAAUCCCUCAAGUCCAACAGCUCGGCGGACUACAUCCUGGGCUCAGCGGGCACCUGUUCGGACAGCGGCUUCGAGUCCUCCACAUUUACGAGUGGAAAGCAGCGUUCCACUGCCGCCGAAGCGGCAGCCAUUGAACGCAUCAAAACAGACAUACUGGUGGAGCUAAACGAGACCACCGCCGCCCUCAGCCCGCCAACAACAACGGUUGAGACCUAUCGCCAUCUUUCCAUUGAUUCCUCCAAGGACAGCGGCAUUGAGCAGUGCGACAACGAAGCCACUCCCAGCUAUGUGCGUCCCAACAACCUGGUUCAAGAGACCAAGACGGUGGCGCCCAGCCUGACGCCUAUUCCGCAACAGAGGGGAAAGCGACAGACGGCAGCCGAGCGCCUGCAGCCUGGAACAUUCUAUUCGCACACCAACAACUAUUCGUAUGUGUUUCCCGGUGCCCAGGUUUUCUGGGACAACGAUUACAGCGAUGACGACGACGAGGAGGAGGAAAGAGGCCACAAUAAGCGCGGGGAUCUCUUCGGGAAUGUGGCAUCUAACUACGAGGAUGAAGAUGAGGAUGCCUGCGACUUGAAUGCCGUACCAUUGUCACCAUUGCUACCGCCAUCGCUGGAGGCUCACAUAGUCACCGAGAUAGUUAAUGGAGCAGACGAACCUGUUGUCUCCAAUAGCAGUCCCGGCCAGAAGAGACCCGCCUGCAUUCUGGAACAGCCGGCAGCAGCCAUCCCAUCGCCCACGGAAACUCCGCCCCUGAAGAAGCGGCGACCCAGCGUGGAAAAUGAGCAGCAGACCCAAAUAGAAAGAUCAGAGGAGAGUCCGCCUCCAGGACAGCUAGCAGCUGUGUAAACGUAAUUGUAUCCCUGCUAAUAAUAGUGUAGUAUUUAUUUUAAACGCAAUUUAAACCAACUUGUAAACACAACAGAAACAAUGUCCAGAGAAGCUGCGAAAUCGAAGCAGAGGGCCAUGUUACCAAUUUCAUUCUCAAGAAGAGUAGUAGAAUCGGAAA